AUGACUCCUUCGAUCAAGCAAUCGGUGAUGUGGAUGGAUACAUCAUCAGAGAUUUGGAGAGAUCUCAAGGAUCGAUUCUCUCAUGCUGAUAAAUUUAGGGUUUCUGAUCUUCAAGAUCAGAUUCUUGCUUGUCAUCAAGGUGACUUGUCUGUUUUUGAAACGGAGGAUGAUUAUGUGAUUCGAUUUCUCCGUAGCCUUAAUGAGAACUAUGCCCAAGUUCGUUCUCAAAUCAUGAUAAUGGAUCCCAUGCCUUCGAUUGUCGAAAAAAUUUCUAUGGUUCUUCAACAUGAACGUGAGUUCAUCGACACCAAUCUCAAACAUCUUGUUUCCGAUUCCUUGGCCUUUACUGCGGUUUCUAAUGCUCAACCACGCUUCAACUCUUCCAACAAAGUCCCUUCCAAUGCCAGCAAAAACCCUUUCAAGAACAACAAAUUUUGUGAAAAAUGCAAGAAGACCAACCACACCAUUGAAACUUGUUAUUUUUGCAUUGGUUUCCCUACUGGUUAUAAAAAGAAUAAGCCCAACGUCAAAGCUUCUGCUAGUUUGGUUGAAGUAGAUUCCACUGCUUCUCUACAACAACUGGAUUUGGAUGGUAGUCCUCCCAAUGACCAAUUCACUUUCUCUAAAGACCAGUAUCAAGCAAUUUUGGCUUUGCUCCAACACAGUAAGGAUCAUUCAUCCUCGGUGAAUCAAGCAUAUUUUAAAAACUUAGGUACAUCUUUUGCUUUUGUUCCUUGGAUAUUUGACAGUGGUGCCACAUACCACAUCUGUCCCACCAAAUCCUUCUUUCAUAACCUUCAUGCCAUAAAACCCAUACACAUUAAAUUGCCUAAUCACACUACUGUUACUGCUAAUUUCUCAGGGAAUAUUCACAUAGGUUACCUAUUUCUUCCUGAUGUUCUUUUUGUCCCUGAAUUUUAUGUUUAUCUCAUAUCUAUUCCCAAACUUGUUUCCACUAUUGACUGUAUGGCAGUAUUUUAUGAUUCUCACUGUUUCCUUUUCCAGAAAUCUCAAUUCAAGAUGAUUGGAGCAGCUAGGAAGAUCAAUGGCUUGCUGCCUACUCCAUUUCUUAAAAAUCAAUCUCCUUAUGAAAUUGUUUUUGGCAAAAUCCCUGACUUUAACACACUUAGAGUCUUUCGUUGUCUAGCUUUUGCAAACACUAUUACUUCUGGCAGAACCAAAUUAGACAAAAGAGCUUCUAAGUGUAUUUUUCUUGGAUUCAAAUCAGGGGUCAAAGGUUUUCUAUUAUAUGAUCUCACUUCACAACAGUUUUUGCUCUCUCGCAAUGUCACUUUCUAUGAGUCUCAUUUUCCAUAUUUACCUCCCCAUUCUGUUUCUCCUCACCAUAACACUGGUACUGUUGCAUCUCAACAAUCAUUUGAUUCUUUGAUUGCAUUUGAUAUACCUGGUUCACACUUUAAUGAUUUUUGUAUUACUUCUGAUAUUGUCUCUAGUAAUAAUGAUCCUAAUGUUAUUGAACCAGUUAUGCAAUUUCAUGAUGAUUCUAGUGAUACUGUGCAAGUUGUUGAUCGACCUGGUAGAAUUUCAAAUAGAAUUAGGAAGCCCCUUGCUUAUUUGUCUGAUUAUGAUUGUUCCACUGUUUCUUUUGCUCCAACUUUUAACUGCACAACUUAUCCUUUACAAUCAUACUUGUCAUAUUCCAAAUGUUCUAACUCUCAUACUGUUUUUUGCAUGUCUUUAUCUGCCAUCAUUGAGCCUUCUUCUUUUAAAGAGGCUUGUCAACAUGCUCACUGGCAGCAGGCCAUGCUUGCAGAAAUUCAGGCUCUUGAGAGGAAUAGAACUUGGUCAUUGGUCUGA